UGGUUUAAAACUUCUAAGCCCUUACUUUUUCGAUUACACGGGAAUGCACCACAAUCACGUGACAACAUCUGACCGCUUCGAGGAGGAACACAAACAUGGCGGUGUGCAUAGCUGUAAUCGCAAAAGAGAACUACCCGCUGUAUAUUCGCAGUGUUCCCACUCAAAAUGAGCUGAAGUUUCACUACACAGUACACACCUCCUUGGAUGUGGUGGAGGAGAAGAUCUCAGCUGUGGGCAAAGCACUGGGAGACCAAAGGGAGCUGUACCUGGGUCUGCUUUACCCGACCGAGGACUACAAAGUAUAUGGUUAUGUAACCAAUUCUAAGGUGAAAUUUGUUAUUGUGGUGGAUUCGUCAAAUACAUCGUUACGGGACAAUGAAAUAAGAAGUAUGUUUAGAAAAUUACACAACUCAUUUACUGAUGUUAUGUGCAACCCAUUCCACAAUCCUGGGGACCCAAUUCAGUCCAAGGCUUUUGAUGGCAUCGUGUCUGGAAUGAUGGUACAAACCGGCUGACAUCACCCUCACCACGUCUUUGAAAUUCCACUGUACAUAACACCCUGAACCCUUACUUGUCUUGCCUUGAUGCUUGCAAUCUCAAAGUGUAUUAAAGCUUGCUGUACAGUUCAUGUACCAUUUUACUA